AUGGCUACUAGAGAGAAUUUGUCACCAUCGUCUGAUGUUAUUGCCAACACCUCCGUUCGUCCUCAGCAUUUUCAUACAUUUUCAUCUAAAGUUCAUCCGAACGAGAAGUUUCAAUCAAAUCUACAAGCGGCUAAUGCUUCGUUGAAAAGUGAUUGGGAUCAGUUAAAAUGUCAAUCGGCAACUGGCUUAUCACUCAGAAGUAUAUGGGCUGAACCACAAUUUCAGUCUUCUGUUAUUCAGUCCACCAAUAAAGUUCUAGAUGAAUCUCUGCUGAAUUCAGACAUUACUACUCAAUCCUCCAAUAAUGCGUGGGAUACAUCGCAGUGCCAAUCAGAAAGUCCUAUAUUCUUCAAUAGCGUCUGGAAUCAGCAUCAGUUCCAAACGCCGGAUACACCACACAUUGGCAAAAGUGUCUGGGCUACAGACAUAAAUACUAGCCAAUCUCCAUUGUAUGAAAAAUCAAAGAAAUUGAAUGCGAAAAAUGAAAAUAAAUUGUCAUAUGAGUCAAACUCAUCCUGUCUUGACGAAGAAUCAGCCAUCAACGAUGUGAAAAAGCGGCGAAUUAUGAUUGGCUCCUGUAUUUUAGCUAUCAUUCUACUCGUUGCUUUGAUAAUCGGUGUUUCUCUUGGUAUUCUGCUAAACACAUUGACAACAACUACGACAACCUCAACAACAACGACAACUACAUCGGCCACAACAACCACAACUACUACCACGAGUACGAGUACCAGUACAAGCACAACUAGCACAACUAGCACGACUAGUACAACUAGUACAACUAGUACAACUAGUACAACUAGUACAACUAGCACAACUAGUACUGCAACUACAACCAGUACCACGACUACCACUAGUACAACCAGCACAACUAGUACUACAACUACAACUACUGCAACAACCUCAACGAGCACGACAAGCACCACAGCGACAACAACGACGACUACAACUACAACAACAAUGGUUCCACUAAAUCUUCUCGUUAAUCCUGGUGCUGAAUCACCGGGUCUAGCUGGUUGGACACAGACUGGUUCAUCUAACGUACUUCAAGAUACGGGUGGUCUGGAAUUUGCUGGCUACAAUCCACACACCGGCAGUGCCUGCUUUGCAGGUGGUUUUGGAUCGGGUGGAUCCCCAUCAAGUCUGUUGCAGAAUGUCAAUUUGCUUAAUGGAAUGCAAAACUUUUCGGCAGCACAGCUUGAUACCGGAACAUUACAUGCUAAAAUAUCAUUUUAUUACCAAUCUUACUACAGUUGGUUGCUUCCAUACGAUGACGCUGAAGUAACAAUCACAUUUCUUUCGGAUACAAAUGCGGUAUUGGGUACACAAGAUACAGGGUAUCAAAUUUGUACAUCCAACAAUCCAGGUUGGUGUUAUUACAGUAAUCUUUAUAGUCUUCCUGUAGGCACACGAAGUAUUGACUACAAGAUGAUAUUUACUCGCAACUCUGGUACCAAAAUUGCUGCAUAUAUAGAUGACAAUUCGUUGACACUCGUGUGA